GCUUGGCUUUCAAUUCCAUCAAGAAGCUACGACGUAUCAAGAAGCUAUCAAGACCAAAGCUCUAGAUCAGAUGCAACUUACUUGGCCAUAUUACUUGCUUGCUUUCGAGACAGUGAGUGUUGUACUCUAAUAUUUUCAGGUUGACAAUCGGAUUCUGGAGCUCUCAGUCUGGGCAAGUAGCAAGAAACCAGAGCUGCAAGUUUUGCUUUUUUUCACCAAACAUUCAUAAAGUGAUAGCACCAACAGCCCAUUAUUUCAUUCAUUCAUUUUGAAAGGGAGGAAGAAAUCUUGGACCAUGGAUAUCCAAAGACCCACCCUGGUGAGAGUGCCUAGCAUCAGGUCUCAACUCACUCUGCAGAUCGCUGAAGAGGAGCAAGAGAAGGAGAUGCUGGCAAUGGCAGUGAGUAUGUCCUUGUCUGGUGGUACCAGUAGUAGGAGAUCUGCCAAGGGUGCAGCAGUUUCAAGCAAGUGCUCUACUGCAACUUCUGCUCCAAGGCCCAGCUUGCUGGUCAAAGAACCCAGCCUGCGUACACUUCUGUUUCUGGAGGCAGAGCAAGAGAAAGAGAUGUUGGAGUUGGCAGUGGAACGAUCACUACAAGAAAAGGACGGAAAGCGGGAGAAGACACAACGACGAAGUUGUCCGCCCAGAACUGCCAGUUUGCGGACGCAGCAGUUGUUGGAUGAGUUGCGAGAGAAGGAAAUGCUAGAGUUAGCCCUGGAACGAUCUAUGGCAGACCUAGAUGCACCGGCUCCACAAGAACUGCUACUGGAACCAUCCAAGUCCACCAAGCCCAGUCCUGUCCAACAAGAUGUACCGCGCCAACGAACUCGUUGCUUCCAAGAGACAAGUCAGAGGCGUUCCUCUCGUCGUGUUCUGGCGCGAUCCAUGGCAGACCUAGAUGCACCAGCUCCACGAGAACUUCUAUUGGAACCAUCCAAGCCCGCCAAGUCUAGUCCUGGCCAACAAGACGCACCUCGCGAGGGACACCGUUGCUUCCAAGAAACACGCCAGAGGUGUUCCUCUCGUCGUCUUCUAGACCCGCAACUGCAUCAGUCUCCUUGCGCGCCACCACCCAUGCUACGGCACGGACGAAGCCUGCAGGUGGAAAGGAGAGCCCCCAGUAGGAGAUUUCAACAAGAGCAGAUGUCCAUGGCAAAGUCCCUGCCCAACUUGUUUGGAAAGGGUAACAGGAACCAGCCAUCAGGCGGUCAGGUGAAUGGUAGAUUUCCCAUUAUGAUUGCCAGCAAUAACGCCUCCUCCUCCAGAAGACUCAGCAGCAAGCCCCCCUCCGUGCGUAAGAUUGACACACAGGCGUCUACUAAAGCCACACGCAAGGAGGAUGACUUUCAUGUAAUGCAGAUUGUUCGUGAACGUGCUCGACGAGCGUCACUGGAGCAGCAGCAGCAAAUGCAAGAAAGCCAGCAACGUUCCUCAUGGUCCCUCAACAACACUGGCAUGCAUCCGCAACGAUCAUCCAGGCCAUCACUUUUGUGCGACAGUCCGCAACACCGCCGAUCCUCUCGGUCUACUAGUAUGAUGAGGGAGCUGCCCGUUCUACAACAUCGAACCGCCAACGAUGUCACGCAAGCCGGCAUGCAUGCAUCACCACAGGGAUCAUCCAGGGCAUCACUUCUUCUCCGUGGGAGUCCCCAGCACCGCCGAUCAUCUCGGACAGGUAUGAUGAUGAUGACCAGGGAGCUGCCCGUUCUACAAACCAAAAAGGACGAUGGCUUUCCUGUUGUCACACAAGCGGUCAACACUGGCAUGCAUGCAUCGCCAUCACCACGAUCAUCCAGGCCAUCACUUCUUCGUGGGAGUCCACAACACCGCCGAUCCUCUCGGAGUAGUAUGAGGGAGCUGCCAGUUCUACAACAACAACAUGGGACCACCACUACUACUACUAAGAACGACGAUGACUUUCAUGUCAUGCAAGUGGUGCGGGAACGUUCGCAACGAGCAUCAUUGGCACAUGGUUGGACGACGUCACAGAGACCAGUCCGAGUCUCACGAACUUCAUCGUGUCCACAACCUUCCAACAACAACAAGUCCAAGGAUGCACUGCCUGGAUGGGCCAAGCCAGGAGCUUAUGCAGGGGCACCAGGAGAAGAUUUUCUUCGCUCCAACACACUCCAUUACCAUACCGUUGGACUUUCUGGUAGUCGGGCUGGGAAGGGCCCGUAGAAACCUUAUAGGUUAGGUUCAAUAACAUUACUUUAGCUAGCUGCGGUUUAGGGAUU